GUCCGCAGUGGCUGUCCGCACUCGGUGUCCCAACUCACUCUCUGCUCCAGCACCCGCCGCCCACCGCCAGGAUGAUGUGCGGCGGGCUCUCGGACCCUGAGCCCGCCACGGCCGAGACCCAGGCCAUCGCCGACCAGGUGAAGUCCCAGCUGGAAGAGAAGGAAAAUAAGAAGUUCCCUCUUUUUAAGGCUGUGGAGUUCAGGAGCCAAGUGGUCGCGGGGAUGAACCACUUCAUCAAGGUUCAAGUUGGCGAUGAUGACUACGUACACAUUCGAGUAUAUGAAAGACUCCCCCACGAAAAGAAGCCCCCGGCCCUGACCAGCUAUCAGACCAACAAAGCCAGGCAUGACGAGCUGUCGUAUUUCUAGCCCCUGAUUUUAAACAGGGCCCAUCGUCCACAUGGGUCUCUGUCCUCUGAGGCUGUGUGUUGGGAUCAUAAACGAAUGUCAUCUCUACGCUGUGCCACAUGGGGUGGAGGGUGCUCUGCACCUUUCUGUGUCUCUGUUCCUAACUUUCAUUG